AUGAUGCGUCAACCCAUCACAAGCCUGGCGAGGGGCUUUCUCUCCCGUCCGGCCAUCCAGCCCGUCCGCGUCGCCGCACAGGCGCUCUCGCAAAGGACGUUCUCUUCCCUUCCCUCGCUGCGUCCCUCGAUCACACCUCUCACCUCCGCCUUCUGCCGGCCGACCGCCACGCCGUUUACCCCCUCAACAGCCGAUGCCGCCGAUGUGGUCCCGACGAGCGCCAUCACAGGGCACCCUGCCAUGGGCGCUAUGCAGGUCCGCUGCGGUCCUCGUAACACGAUGAACCGGAACACCCGAUUGAUCCAGAAGCGGAGACACGGCUUCAUUUCGCGUAUGAAAACCAAGGACGGCCGCAAGAUUGUGGCACGGAGGCGGGCGAAGGGACGCAAGAAGUUGGGUGUUUGA